GUUAUUUUAUUAUUUGCCUCUUAUUUCUUAUGAACAUUGAACUUAACAUAUGUUAUGAUUGGGUAAUAGUAUAAUUAUAUAAUAAAUAAAACAAGAUUCCUAAAUUUUCGACAACUGCCAUGAUACUUUGCCUACUUCAGUUAUAAAAUAGUCACUUAGAACAUUUCUGAUAUUAUUAGCUGCCCUUCCACCUUGCAUAUUUGCUUGUGCCGGCAAAUCAGUCUUACCCACAACUGUCAUGGUACCUGAAAGUAAAAAAAAAAUAAACAAUAAAUUGAAAAUCUAUAAUUCGAGUCUAGUAUUGUUGAAUAUUUUUUUUGUUACAGGUCAACUAGUUCUUAAAAGGUGGAAUAAUAUCAGAGACCAGUGGCUUAAAUGGAGGAAUCGAGACAAAAACUCGAAAAAAUCAGGAGCAGCUGCAUCAAAACUGCGAAAGUAUUUGUAUCACGAACAACUAAAUUUUCUAGAGCAAGGCUUAUAUCACCGGUCAACUGAUGCAAGCAUGGCCUAUGAGCACUCAGAUGAAGCAGAAAGUCAGCAGCAAACUGAAGAGCUCCAGUCAGCAGAAGAUCAAGGGACGGCGACUCCGGAUGCAACUAAGCAGACUUCGCAAACUCCAACUGCAAAAAUCCCUUCCGUGAAGACCACAUCUGUGCAACAGUCAACGAGGAAGAGGAAGCGAACCCUCGACGAAUUUGAGCUAAGGAUGCUUAAAUCGGUAGAGGCAGGAGACCAAGAGGACCGUCAUAUGCAAUUUUUUAAGGGCAUUCUUCCAUCUGUUCAAAAGUUCACAGACAACCAGGUUGUAGAUUUUCAGAUGGGAGUUCUGCAGGUGAUUAAAAACAUUCAAAACACUGUCUCUAUUCCAACAACCCAACCUCAACAGCUGCAGAUUUAUGCUCCUCCAUGCUCUCAACAACACACACACCAGUACCCCUGCAGCUCUCCAUUACAGAACUCUCAGCAAUAUCCCUCUUCUGACCUUUCAUACACUCCACUGCUAGGCAGGGUCUCUAGUCAACAUCAUGAAACGAUUCCAUCGAGUACCAUAUCUACAAACAUCAUAUCUCCUGGUUCUAAUGACACACAAUCUAGUAGUAAUUAUAGCAAUUUGACAUCCCCUUUCUCACAUAAUUCAGAUAUUGACUUUUGAU